AUGUCCAAAAAAAUUGUCGGCAUUAAAAAAUCAUUAGCACAUACAUUGCGGCAGUCACAAUCAACAUUAUUAAGCAAGUUACGCUCAGCAUCGACAGGCAAUUCAGCUUUGUCAAAUAAUUUACACUCAGCAUCGGCAAGCUAUUUACAUUCAGUACCGUCAAACAGUUCACAUUCGGUAUCAGCAAGAAAUUCAUAUCCAGUAUCGGCGAGCCAUGUCGAACCUAUUCGAGAAACUCUUGACACAAGCUCUAUGGCUAAGAUUCUGGUUAUCGGCGAGACGGGUUCAGGAAAGUCUACAUUUAUCAAUUAUUUGACAAAUUAUUUUCGAAACGGAACCUUACAAAACCUUCGAGUCGCUAUACCAUCCAGAUAUCAUCCUCAGCCUACCGAGAACUUUGGCUACAAUGAAAAUGAUGUGAACAACACCAGUCAGUCAAAAACUGAUUCAUGCAAUCAAUAUAUGUUUGUGCAUAACGGCAAACAAUAUCUAUUUCUCGACACGCCAGGCCUAGCAGACACAAGAGGUGCACAACAGGAUGAUAAAAACAUUCUCUGCAUUAUCGAUGCGGUUGAACAUCUCGGUGGUCUCACAGCAGUUGUUAUUGUCGUCAACGGCGCUGUGUGUCGAUUAACAGUAAAUCUUCGAAAUGUGAUUGCACGACUACGCGGUAAUUUGCCGGAUGUUGUUAUGGAUAAUGUCAUUCUUGUAUUAACGAAUGCCACUCGGCAUGCAGCUAAUUUCAACAUAACUUCUUUCAAUCUGAAUGGAAAUGUCUAUCCAUAUUAUAUGCAAAACUCUGCUUUCUCUCAAGAUCCAGCAACGUGGUCAACAGCGGCUCUUACUUCAUUGCAAUAUGAAUGGGAUCAGUCGAUGAAUGAACUCGCAGCUCUAUUGGGAACCAUUGAUUCGUUCAAAACGAAAUCGGUAUCAGCAUUCAAAACGAUGAAAGAUAUUCGAUGUGAGAUCAAGACACUUAUGCACUCAAUCCAAUUAGAAAUUACUCAGAUUCAAAUGAUGCAGGAUGAAAUCGCUGCGUUCGAGAAUGCUGUGCAAAGUGCUGACAACAAUCUUGUUCAGUUCAAAGAUUACAAGAGAGAACGUAUGGUAGAAAAAAUCGAACUUGUCGAUACCGAUUAUUACAGUACAUUAUGUCAGACAUGUAAUUAUGUAUGUCAUGAUAAUUGUAAUUUGGAUGAAACAACAACUGUGGGAUCUCAAAUCUUUCAACAUUGUUGGGUCAUGGGUAAUGGAAAUUGUACGCAAUGUCCAGGCAAGUGUCUGUCCAGUGCUCAUUAUCAUGCCAACAAAACAAUGGUGAAAAAUCAAGUCAAGCUCGACGAAAUUAUCACCGAUAUCAAAGCUAGAUAUGACCUAGCAUCUCAGGACAAAUCUGACUAUCAGCAAAAAAUCACUACGACUGCAGAUGCGAAAGAACUGUUAAAGAAAGCAUUAAAGCAGAAGAUACAAGAUAUAAAAACCUUGUGUGAACAGUUACAUCAAUUAUGUUCGGGAUUCAAUCUGGCACAAGAGUUACACGCUCUUAUUCAUCAAUUAGACAUGGAAGCAUCAAUGUUAAACGAUAUCGAUGCUAAAACCCAGGCUACGACUUUUAUUCGAAGUUUAAAGGAAUUUUGUUCAGUGAUUGAAAAUGAACAGAGUUUGACGCAAAACAAACCAUCAAGAAUGAAUAUUAUCGAUACUGAACAAACUAUUCAAAGACAAACGUCUUGUCCACCCUCAGCAUUGUCAUCCAAUACGUCAUUGCAGGCUAAACCUGCUGCUACAUCGGGUUCUUAUGCCAAUGCAGACGUGCUUGCUACCCUUCGCGCCAUGGCAGAAGGACCACGAAGAGGCAAAAUGAAAAAGAAAGAAAGUCGACAGAAGAAGGAAGAAAGUGAUGAUGAAGUCGACGACGAAACUGAAUCAAUACAGGAGAGUAACGAUGGUGAGCAAGAAAGUGAUGGUGAAGCGAAAAGGCUUCCAAAAUCUGACAAGAAAAAACAACAGAAAGUCGACUUUGAACAAUUAACAGAUUUGACUAUUAAUGAACUUCUUACACGAUAUCGAUCAUGUGUAGAUCAACGUACGCAGAAUUUUUACAUAUAUGAAUUAACACAGCGAUCGCUUGGUAAAUCAAUUGGCCCGAUGAAAACAACGGCAAGCAUCGCUGACUUUACAACAAGUACCCAGAAGUAUUGUGCGCUUGGGUCAAAUUCGUUGAAAGAAAAAUACCAAGAACUCAAGCAACGUGUAACGGCAAUUACAGAGCCAGAUAUACUCAAAAUUGAUCAAGUAUCAUCUUAUCUUCUAUUUGAAAUUGCUGCUGUUCAAAAUCUUAUACAGCGUGCUCCUUCAGAAGAAAGUUCAUUAUCUCAAGAAAAUCAUCGUACUGCACAACUACCAACAGCUCAUCAAAGCAAUACGCCUACCAUGUAUCCUGGUAUCAAUACACCAGAUUUUGAUCGCUCGAUAAAUCAAGCACAGCAGUAUCAAUCAUUUCCAUCAACUAUGGCACAGCAAUACUGUGCUAAUAUGCAAAACCAGUUGUAUUCAGACAUACAUCCUGCUUCGCAUGUCCCUCAUCAACAACAAUACUUUCAAUCCAUUCACCGUCGUGAACCAACUCGUUCACCAAUACGAUCGUUCGAUAUACAAGGCAAACUCAAUCAAAUGCACAUCUCUUCUGAUAGUAACUAUCCGAAUUCACCAUCAACUACAAAUGGUGGUCGAAGCUCAGUGUCGCAUAGUAAUUUAAAUACAUCUAGUCUGUUCCUAGGCAAUCAUGAUGCUGAUCAGAAUGUUCGAUAUAUGCCUGAUGAUCAUCUUGUUUCCAAAUACAACGAUGCGUAUGCUUUGCGUAAUCAUGAACAAAGCAACAUUUUAUAUGCUGAACUUAAACGUCGCUGUCAAGGUGACCAUCCUUUGUUGAUACAAGAACAACAAGCAUUGUUCCAAUAUAUACAAAAGCAACACCAAAAUCUCUCGCUAGACAAACUUAACGCAACACGCUCAAUAAUUCUUGAAAAAAUUUGUGAUUGCUUGCCCAAUGGCGAUGCUACACAUAUAGGAAAUAUUCCUCCUGAAUUGAUUGUUGAAAUAGGCGCCAUUGCUCGACUAAUUUCGGCAAAACCGCUUUAA